GAAACGGCUGCGCGAGACACGGAGAGUCCGGAUUAGACACGUCUUCUGUCCAGUAAACAAAAAACAAACAAAUAAACAACAAACAAACUAUUAAAACCGGAAAGGUUGGCGGCCUACGAUGCGGAAGAGUGAGGUGCUCGCUGCCGAGGCAGUGUCAUGCCUGAAUAAAGCUCUGUGUCACCUGAAGGACAUCUGGGAGGAGAUUGGCAUCCCUGAGGAACAGAGACUAGAGAGGACGAAUGUGGUCAAAACUCACAUUAAAAGUCUCCUGGACAUGAUGAUCUCAGAAGAGGAGAGUCUAAGGAAGCGUUUGAUGACCAGUAUCGAGACCUGUCGUAAAGAACUGGAUAAAGUGUGCAUGGAGUUGAAGCUUCCUCCAUAUCAGGAGGAGAGGGGGAACACAGUGCUCCAACAGGAGAAGGAUAUCAGAACCUGUCUUGAGGUUAAGCUAAAAGAGAAAGGUCAGAGAAUGCAGAUGCUUAAAUCCCUCAUAGAGGAAGAUCAGGACCUCUGCGACAUUCUCUGCUUGGAGCCGUUCUCUAUCUCUGCAAGCGCAGUUCCUUCCCUGGAGGAACUGCAAAGCUUCCGACAACACAUUGCACAACUGACAGCAGAAAAGGAACAAAGACACAACAAAUUUGUUGAGCUAAAGAAAAAGAUAAUACUUUGUAUGGACGAUCUGGAUCAACUGCCUGAGACCAGUUUUGAAAAGGAUAUAGUCUGCGAGGAAGAAGACGCCUUUUGUCUUUCCAAAGACAACAUUGACUCCCUUAAGGUCCUCCUUCACCAGCUGGAGUGCAGGAAAGCUGAGAACGAGCGGAUGUGUGAGACAUAUCGAGAAAAGAUCCGGGAGCUAUGGGACAGGUUGAACAUCUCACAGGAGGAUCGGGAUUCUGUUGACGAACACAUGAUCAUGUCUAAGAAGAGGAACAUGGAAGCUUUGCAAGCUGAAGUCAAACGUCUUGAGGAACUGAAGCGCCAAAAUAUUCAGGAUCUUACGAAGGCUAUUCGAGAGGAAAUUACGGUGUUCUGGGAUAAAUGCUUCUACAGCACUGAUCAGCGCCGGACUUUUCUGCCCUACUACGACGAUGAUUUUAACGAAGAACUUUUCAACUCACAUGAAUCUGAGAUUCAGCACUUAAAACAGCAUUAUGAAGAUCAUAAAGGACUUUUUGAAGGUGUUCACAAAUGGGAGGAGAGUUGGAAGCGUUUCUUGGAGCUUGAAAAAAAUGCCACAGAUCCAACCAGAUUUACCAACAGAGGAGGAAACCUUUUAAAGGAGGAGAAACAAAGAUCAGACCUGCUCAAAAGUCUCCCCAAGCUUGAAAUGAAGCUCAAAGGCCAGAUCGAGCAGUGGGAACAAGAACAAGGCCGAGAGUUUAGGGUGCAGGGUCAGAAGUUUAUGCAGUUUGUUUCCGAGCAGUGGGAACUCCAUCGUCUGGAGAAGGAGCGGGAAAAGCAAGAACGGCAAUUGAAAAAGAACAAACAAACAGAAGAGGACAUGCUCUAUGGCACUGUUGUACGAUCGCCAACUAAACGAAGGUUUUUGGGCAGUAUGACCCCUUGCAAAACACGAAAGCUAAACGCUAGCUCCAGCACCUCCACUGGCACCUCUAACAGCACUAUGCGCUCUGUAUUUUGUGGAACUGUUUGCCACUCACCCGUUUCCCGCCCUCCAAUUUCAGCCAGCAAGGGUAAUUCCGUGAGGACCCCUGGUCGGGGGAAACCUCCUCAUCAAGCACUGGCAGAACGUAAUAAGGAGAAUGUCGGUCAUCUUACCUGCGGUUCAAGUGGUGUGUUGAAAACUCCAGCCAGCCCACAGCGAAACUUCAGCAUUAAUUCUGUCGCCAGCACCUAUUCAGAGUUUGCGAGAGACCUCUCCAAAGCAUCAAAGUUAAAGUACACACCAGAAGUCUUGAACUCAACCAUCACACACCUAUGAUCACUCACACAUACUGUACACUCUAAAGGAAACGAAAUACUUUCAAAAUUGGAGAGGGAAACACUGCUGAUCACUAUGCUAAAGCUUUAAUGUUCACCGUUUCGUCGUCUGUAUUUCUUUUUAUAUGUAAAUGAGGGUAAUGUAUAUUUAAAAUUUCCUAAAGUAUCCUAAAAUCUGUAUGUUUACUGUUAAUAUGAUUAAUACUAGUUUUAAUGAAAAAAAAGUCAUAAUGUAUUAAUGUUGCACAAAAUCUCCUCAUCUUGUAACAUGUUUAAAUGUAAAUGUAUUGGUGAUUGGGUGUAUGAUUUAGUUUAGGCUGUUACCAGCAGUAUUAGCAAAUUUACCAUAGUCUACACCUAUCAUGAAUGUCUUGCACAAUUUAUUGUUACAAGUUGUUUUUCCCCCUCCCUUUAUACUUUUAUUCUAUUGUUCACUACAUAAAUAUGUUUUUGAAUGUAUAAGUCACUAUUCAACAAUACACACAAUAAACAAAUAA